AUGCUGUAUGGUUACUUCCUAGGGGACAGAGUUGCAUAUCCGGUUGUGGACUAUUUUGUGAAGAAUCAGUGGAAGAGGUUUGGAUUACAGAAAGCAAUGAUGAAUGCUAAUGGGUUCUUUUUCUUUAAGUUUGCUGAUGAAGCUGGUAUGUUGAAUGUUCUUAAAGAAGGUCCUUGGAUUAUCCGAUCUCAGCCUAUGUUUUUGCAUAUUUGGUCUCCUACUUCUAAGUUAGAAAAGAAGGAGGUAAAGAAGUUGCAAGUGUGGGUUAAAAUCCAUGAUGUUCCGAUUGCUGCGUAUACGGAGGAUGGAUUGAGUAUGAUUGCUACGGCUAUUGGUGAGCCUAAGAUGUUGGACACGUACACUUCUUCUAUGUGCACAGAUAAUUGGGGAAGGAGUAGCUACGCGAGAGCGUUAGUAGAAAUUUCAGCUGAAAAUGGGUUUAAGGAGGAGUUAGUUAUUGCAGUUCCAGAGUUGGAGGGGGAAGGAUUUAGUAAAAUGAUUUUGUCCGUAGAAUAUGAAUGGAGUCCUCUUAGGUGUGCACAUUGUAAGGUGUUUGGUCAUUCUGAUGAUUCUUGCCCGAGACAGCCUAGGAGGGCUCCUAAGGGGCCGAUCACUGGUCAGAACAAACAAGAGGGUAGCAAUACCCGGAAGCAAGUUAAGCAGCCGGUUGUAGACAAAGAGGGUUUUACGGAUGUGGAGCGCAAAAAAGCGGCUAGGAAAUCAGGGUUUCCUGUUAAUAAGCAGAAGCAGAAAUUUGAAUAUCGGCCGAUUGGAUCCAAGCCGCAUGGUGGGGCUACCACCUCAGGUCCGCCAUCUAGUGUCAAAACGCACAAUCCGUUUGAUGUUCUAUCGGAUAGGGGUAAGAAUGUGGGUAAAAAUGGUGAAGACUAUAACUUUAGGACCCUACGGCCGGUUACGGAGGAGGAAGUUAAAAAGGCGAUGUUCUCCAUUGGCAAUGAUAAAGCUCCGGGUCCGGAUGGUUUUACGGCUGCGUUUUUCAAGAAUGCUUGGCCGCUAAUUGGUAAUGAUAUUGUUAAUGCCAUUAAAGAUUUUUUUGAUACUGGUAAUUUGCUUCGGGAGCUGAAUCAUACGCUUAUAGUUCUUAUUCCUAAAGUGCCAACGCCUAUGGUUGUUACUGAUUUUCGCCCGAUUGCUUGUUGUAACGUUCUAUACAAGUGUAUCAGCAAGAUAAUUGCUGAUAGGAUAAAGGGAGGUUUGAAUGAGAUUGUUAGCAUUAAUCAAUCGGCAUUUGUCCCGGGCAAGAAAAUUUCGGACAACAUCUUAUUAACGCAAGAGUUAAUGCACAACUAUCAUCGAAAUGUGGGGCCUCCAAGAUGUGCGUUUAAGGUUGAUAUUCAGAAGGCGUACGACACGGUGGACUGGAGGUUUCUGAAAAGUGUGCUUCGUGGGUUUGGGUUUAACGAUAAUAUGGUGAGGUGGAUCAUGAUGUGUGUUUCCUCUACCUCAUUUUCGGUUUGUGUUAACGGAAUGGUUCAUGGGUUUUUCAGAGGUAAACGGGGGUUAAGGCAAGGGGAUCCUAUCUCUCCUUAUCUUUUCACUCUUGUCAUGGAGGUGUUGACGGGUAUUCUUCAGCACUCUGUUCGGAUAGAUUCCUCCUUCAAAUAUCAUAACAGAUGUGAAAAACAGCAGAUUAUAAAUCUUUGCUUUGCGGAUGAUCUGUUCCUUUUUGCUAGAGGGGAAGUGAACUCGGCCAAUUGUAUUAUGACCUCUCUUUCAAAAUUUUCUAAGAUGUCGGGCCUAGUGCCUAACAACCAGAAAAGUACGGUCUUCUUUUGCAAUGUGAAAGAUCAUGUUAAACAGGAGAUUCUGGACAUUAUGCCUUUUGUGGAAGGUACGUUACCGGUCAAGUAUUUGGGUGUCCCUCUUAUUUCCUCUACGCUUAGGUACAGUGAUUGCCGUGUGCUCGUGGAAAAAUUAGAGAAACGUAUUAUGCACUGGAAGAAUAAAUUGUUAUCGUUUGCGGGGCGGCUUCAACUGAUUAUCUCAGUUCUCUCUUCAAUGCAUAUUUAUUGGUCCUCUGUGUUUUUGCUUCCUGUGCGGGUUGUUAAGGAGCUUGAAGCUAGAAUGAGAAAUUUCUUAUGGUCUCAAGAUGUGUCGUUCAAUAGAGGUAAAGCUAAAGUUUCGUGGAAAGUGGUUUGUACUCCUAAGUAUGAAGGUGGUUUAGGCAUUAGACGGAUUGGGGAUAUGAAUAAAGCCCUGAUGGCGUCUCAUAUUUGGAGUAUUGUGAUGAAGCGGGAUUCUCUUUGGGUCAAAUGGGUUCACUCUUAUCGGCUUAAAGGAAAGAAUUUCUGGGUUUGCAAAGCUACUUCAAAUUCUACUUGGUCAUGGAGGAAAAUCAUUCAGUUGAGGCAUGUUAUUCGGAAAUAUGUUUGGUCCGAUGUGGGUAAUGGCCGUGAUACAUCAGCUUGGUUUGAUUUUUGGAGUGAUUUAGGCCCUCUUGGUGAUUUUCUGUCACCAAGGACUAUUACGGAUGCUGAUUUUCGGUUAGAUGACACUGUUUUCAAUAUUUUCUCUAACGAUACUUGGAAUUGGCCUGUCGCAUGGAGGGAUCUUUUCCCUGUUCUUAUUCAGCUGGAUCACUUUCAUUUAGACCCGUCAAAAUCUGACCGAUUGCUAUGGAAAGAUGGGAACGAAUGUCAGGACUUCUCUUCGUCAGCCGUAUGGCACUCGGUUCGUCAUAGAGAAUCAGAGGUUGAUUGGAGUGGUAUUGUUUGGUUUGCUCAAUGUAUCCCUAGGCACGCGUUUAUGAUGUGGCUGAUUAUGAAGAGAAAGCUCCUUACUCAAGACAAGAUUCUGCAGUGGGAUUUCUCAAGGCGGAAAAACAUGAAUAUGAUGUGCUGUCUAUUGUGCUACGAGAACUUUGAUUCUCAUCAGCAUUUAUUCUUUGAAUGCAAAUUUUCGGACGAAGUCUGGAAUAUGAUUCGGGGUAAAGUGGGUAUGGAGGCUGUGUGUUCGAGAUGGGCGGAUAUCACCGAGUGGCUAUGUGCUCGCAUUCGGUCAAAGAAAGUGGAGAUUUAUGUCGCGAAGCUUCUAGUUGCGGCUGCUGCGUAUACGAUUUGGCAAGAGCGGAAUGCUAGACUAUUCAGAAACCAAUUACGUCCACCUGAAAUGGUGAAGGAUGCUAUUCUGAAAACUGUGAGAUACAAGCUGAUGGGAGCUAAGCUGAAGAUCAACGCUAGGGUGCGGAAGCUGCUUGGGGAUUGGGAUGUUGCAACUGAAACGAAAGAUGACGGAGGCUAA